AUGGAAACAUCAGGUGUUGCUGUUGGAUGUGGAUGGCAACAAUUUGUUGCUUACGUGAAUGUCGGCUCUUACUACAUCAUAGGCGUUCCACUUGGUGUUGUUCUUGGGUUUUUCUUCAAUCUUGGCGCGAAGGGUAUUUGGAGUGGCUUGAUUGGGGGAACGUCCUUGCAGACAACCAUUCUACUGUGGGUCACCAUGAGAACUGACUGGAUGAAAGAGGUAGAGGAUGCGCAGAAAAGGUUGAACAAGUGGGAUGAGAAGAGAGAUCCCCUCCUUACAGGCUUCAAGGACAAUAACUAA